AUGUCACUGGUUGCAACAAGAGAACGUCGUGCGAAUGCGGGCGCACGAAUGAGAGAACUUAUCGAAAAAGAAAUGGAAUUAGAAGAUAUGUUUAAAGAGGUACCUGAAGAUGAUGAUUUUAUGGUUACUAAAGAAGAGGAAGAUUAUUUUGAUUCCGAUUUUGAUCAAAAUAGCAGUGGACCGGAGGAUAACAACGAUACAGCUGAAUUGCAAAUACUACUGGAAGAAAGGCUGGAAAAGAAAAGAUCGAAAAAAUCAAAUUUACCAUUUCUAAAUUCAGCUUCGCGGUUAAAAAAAAAGGAUACUGAUAAAGCUCCAGUAGCGUCUGAAACCAUUCCAGAUCAAAGUGUUAACGACGAAUCUCCAAAUAUUAUAUCUGAUAAGAAAAAGAAGUCUUCCAAUACAACACCACUUUUGCAUGGUGUUAGAUCAUCGUCUCGUUCCCUCACAGCAGCACAUCCAAAGCGUGAAAAAGUGAUUGUUCAUCGCAAAACUCAGGAGGAAUUACUUGCCGAAGCUAAAGAAACAGAGGAAAAAAAUUUAGCUUCACUUCGUGCUUUUGAAUUAAGGGAGGCUGAAAAAAAAUUGUCUGCAAAACAAUCAAAAAAGGUUGUUAUGAAUGGGCCUUUUAUCCGAGAAAUAUCUUAUGUUGUUGGUGAUAACAGAGAGGCCAAAAGGCCCAAAUUAAUAACGGAACAUUCAGUAGAUGAAGGAAAAAGCAAUAUAACAGAUACAAAGGAUUUAGAUUGUACAAUGAACAAUGUAGAAAAUGAAAAUCAAAAUCAAGAUAAAAGAGAAGUAAGGAAUUUACUUAUAUUUUCUCAGUUCUCAAAAGUAGAAGAAGCUAAGCUAUUUCAAGAAUGGAAGAAGAAACCACAAAUAUUAUGCCCUUUUACUGGACUUAUUGCAAAAUAUAAAGAUUCUAAAACUGGCAUACCAUAUGCAAAUGUGGAAGCAUACAGUAGAAUUCAAAAAUUAUUACAACAUAAAUAUAUUUGGUCAGAAACACAUAGUGCAUACAUAAAUGAUAUUAAUCAAAAACCGGCUGCAGGUACACCUGACAGUUUUCAAGCU